GAUAGUACGUGUUUGCAUAACUCAUCGUGCACUCGGAACUCCUCAACUCAUAUUGGUGUAUUGGUUUGAUUUUACAUGACUCCGGGAUAGAAAUUGAUGAUGUAGGAGAAAGUACUAUUGUGAGAUUCCUAGCACACUAUCAGUAUGUAUCGUUUCUACGACGGGAACGAAGAGGAUCCUGACGAACAAGAGGAGGACGAAGAUGAAGAAAGCGACGAAGAAGAUGAAGAGGAGGAGGAAUACGAUUAUGCAAUCGAGCUAUACCGCGCCAUAGAGAGAGAUGACAGAAACGAAUUACGCCGACUCCUAGACAAUGGCGCCGACCCGGGGUUGAAACCUUUCGAGGACAAAUCGAGAGCACUUCUCCAUAUUUGUUGUGAUAAGGGACAUAUAGAAUGUGCGACCAUUUUGUUGGACCAUGGUGCUGCAAUCACUGUUACAGAUGAAUGGGGCAUGACGUCACUGAUGUACUGCAUGGUGAGACAGGACAUGGGGAUGGCAAAGAUGUUGUUAUCACGUGACUCAGAAAUGGUGCACUGCCGCGAUAUUGAGGGCAAAUCCGCUCUUCACAUGGCCAUCGAAACAGGACAACCAGAAUUUGUAGAGCUCUUACUGAAAAACUCCGCAAAUGUUAACUCCUUUACCGACAACGGAAUCACACCACUCAUGGUGCUGUGUAUGGACUCAAACAUUGAGAACAAAACCACGUUGGCGCGCAUGCUCAUUGAAGCUGGUGCUGAUGUUUCUAUGAGGGACUACAAGUGCAAACGAACCGCCCUGCACAAUGCAGUUAUAAACGGAAAUUUCGAGCUUUUCGAAAUAUUGUUAGGCGCAGGCUCCGAUCCAAACAUACUAGAUGUAACCGGAAGAAGCCCAUUGACCAAUCUUAUCUGUAGGCAUGCGCGGAUUACGGACCGACAACCGGAUAUUAGUGAUGACGUCUUGGCUGCCGCCAUUCAGCUGAUACAAGCCGGGACUAAUCUCAACAACAACAUGUGUGAAUACAGCAACCCUUUGGUCAAUGCUGCAUUUGUCAAAGCCUCAAAGUUAAUACGAGUCAUCCUCGACUAUGGAGCGGACCCGGAUGUUACAUUUCGGAGCGGCACUACCGCCCUACUUGUGUCGGUGAUGAAGCGUGACCUGCCAUGCAUACGAGCUCUACUGGAGUGGAACUGCCGACUUGAUAUGAAGGGACGAGUCGCCUUUAACAAAUAUGACGAACUCGUACUUGACCCUAUGGAGCUAGCGAUUGAAAAGGGAUAUUGGGAUGUCGCUGUGACUCUGGUGUCGGCCGGAUAUUGCGUCAGUCGACUACCAUAUCUCAGACUGGGUUUCACCGGAAACACUCCUAAAUCGCUCACACAGAGCCCGGGAAUGUACGCGUUCCUUCAGUUCCAGGCUAGCAACCCUCUGUUAUUAUUUCAUUCGGCAAUACUCGCUAUUUUCAAGGCUCUGAAUAGAAACACCAAUGUCAAAUUAGACCAACUUCCGAUUCCGGAAGCUAUAAAAAGGCUGAUGCGCAAAGGCGAGUUUUGUGACCCAGAGAACGGAGGGAAUUCGAAGGAUGUUGAUUCGCUCAAAUUUUAUUUCAAAUCUAUGGCAUUUGUGUAAUUACAUACUUUUUGAAUGGCAUGGUAAUAAUAUCAAAGUUUUUGCUAUACUUUUGUUUACCCCAGAGAAUUCUAAAGCAUUUAUUUGUGUAAUUACUCACAGCUUAUCGAUAAAUUAGUAGUCUGUAAAACAAUUGAAACUCUUUUAGUAGAGCAAAAACAGACAGAUGGAUGUCCGGAUGGACGGACAGAGUUAAGGAAUAGAAGCUAAAGAAAAUCACUGUAUUAUUCUGAGGGGGUACUAUUUCCAGAAAUGCGCCAAGUACACGAGUUUGACGGUACUGUUGUAUUGUAAUGAACAGCUUGCCGUUAUAUUAUCCUCUCAUACAGUCGUUAACACUUCACCUUGUAGGAGUCACGUUAUAAAACAGCUUUGAUGUAUUGUUACAUGUUUGUGUAUUUCGUAUGACGUCAGUCAGGUUUGGAUGUCAAACGGCAUUCGUUGUAAUCAUUUCUAUAAUGUGUCUCGUUUAAUUGUGGAGCAGGCCUUUGUAGUGUUGUAAUAACUUCUGUCCUAUCUUUAUGUUUUGUUUGUGCAAUAAAUCAUAAGAUGUUAUGGAAAUCA